AUCAGCAAGAAUGGGAGGCAAAAAACAAAAACGCCAAGCAGCUAUGUACAGCAGGCUCGGAAUUGUUGACAGUGUAUUGUGCUUAUGCAGGACAGUAUCAGGUCAUUGAGAUUGUCCAUUCUUCCAGAUGCAGACGCAGUGACGAGUGUAGUCAUUGGCAGUGCCAAAGACUGUGCAACAGAUGACGGCCACACUUACGUCUUUGCCGGUUUUCCUCAUCGUGAUCCUUGUCAUUUUGCAAACAGGGUGGGAGAACAUCCUUGGCAUGGGAGUGGCAAAGAGCCAACCCGUGACUGUGGAGGCGUGCUUGCUGCUGUUUCUGAAAGCUGCCAAGUGGACAUCGGUGGUGAUGAAAGUGGAAAGGGGUGUUUGGGCUUGCCGGGAACAGCUGAGCAUCAUCCUAGAAAGAAACGAAAGUCAGGGCCGAAGAAGAGGAAUAACCUCUCAGCCAAUGAAGGUAGCAGGUGGCUACCUGGCAUUGACUGCCAGAGCUCGGACGGAUAUGCUACAGCGGAUGAUCACAGAAAGAGAUGGAGAAUGAGGGAUGAUGAGCUUGAGCUUGACAGCCGUGACACGAGUACGUUGAUUUCUGCAGACAUUGAGGAUUCUGCAACUAGCUCUGGGAAAGCAGUGGGGGUGGUGAGGAGGAGGAGGAGGAGGAGAAGGCCGGUGUUAGCAGGAAAUGACUGCCUGCAGUCUAUCGCUACAGCAGCAGCGGAUGCCCGCGCUGCGUCAGGUAACUAUGCUGACCCGGAGGAAGAGCGGCGCACUUCUCGAAGUGGAAGUGUGGGAAUGGAGUGGGAGGCCGGGCAGGGUGGAGGCUUUUGUGACACUGAAGUGAAGAGUACUGGUUUGAGAACAGGAGGGGGAGAGGAUGGCAGUGGCAAGUCGAAUUUGCUGGUGACUUCGCCUCAGAAAGAUCAGUCUUUUGUGUACAGUCCUUUUCAAGUCAGAGGUCUUCGGCAGGACGAAGACCGCGGUUGCUUCAGCGACGAUUUGGCGAAACGUCAGACGAAGACAAGUUGGCAAUUUCAGACAUGUGCGGUAAUAGGUUCCCGUACAUGGAGAGAAUCAUCACCAGAUACAAUCAGCACCAUUGAUUUUGACCGAUCGGGUGAUUUGUUUGCAACGGGAGGGAUUGCGAGAAAGAUCCGUGUGUACUCGUUGAGCAGGGUCUUGGCAGGUCAGCGAGGGGGAUGUCAGACAGUGUCGGAUUCUGAAGGUAACGAAGACGAGGAGCAGGAGAAAGACGGGAGAAGUAGGUGGAAGAAAGAGAAGAAUGGCAGACCUAUUGCCUCCAGUGGGAGGGAGAGUGCGAGAGAGUGGGACGUUGACAGUGCUGAUAGUAGCAGCGGCGGACUGUCUUGCCAGGGGCCGUGUGAGAUGCUCUCUGUUUGCACUCCUGCAAAGCUGAGUUCUUUGAAAUGGCAUCCAGAUUAUAAUUCAACUGUGAUUGCCACUGCGGACUACGAUGGCGUCAUCACGGAAUGGGAUAUCACUAGGGGAGUUGCUGUGACAGAGAGGCAGAGCGGCCAGCGUGUGUGGAGCAUCGAUUUCAGUCGACGCUUCAGUGGUACAAGGUUUUCGUCACUUUUGGCGUCUGCUUCCGACGACGGGCUGCUAAGGUUAUGGACUUGCAAUUCAGAGAGUCCGACGCAAACCAUCCAUCUUCCGUCUGGGCUCCCGGUUUGUUCAGUGGAGUUCUCUCCAAUCCCUUACAUUCUGGGUGCCUCCUCCGCUGACUCGAAUGUUUACCUGUACGACCUGAGAAAGCCAGCUUCCCCUCUACAAGUACUUGAUGCACACACCAAAGCAGUGAGCUAUAUGAAGUUCAUGGGUGCUGCAAGCCUAGUCUCCGCAUCCAUCGAUGGCUCUGUGAAGCUGUGGGACCUCCCUGGUCAGGUAACCGGUUCCACAUCCACUCAUGAUCAUCUCUCCACAGGUCUAGCAAGCAGGGAGCAGAACACGCAGGUAGCAUCCGCAUCAAAUUCAACCCCGAUCCCAACCAUGCUGCCGGGAAGAGCCUCUGUGCGCACCAGUCAUAACUCUCAUAGGAACAUGAAGAACUUCGUUGGGUUGUCGACUCAUGCGGAAUCAGGAUUGUUUGCUUGCGGUUCCGAAAAUAACGAGGUUGUUGUGUAUCAUAGCAGCCAUAGCGAGGCUGUCUGGGUUACGAGCUUUGACCGACAGCGAGCUCCACCCCAGUUACAGAGUGGGCUCUCUGAAAUGAAUAGCCUUCAGACCGUGCCGCCAGUCUGGUGGGAUCCUUCGAAGGGCCACUUUGUCAGCGCUGUUUGCUGGAGUCCGAAAUCCCCUGAUGCUGAAAAUAGUACCCUUGUUGCUGCCAAUUCGCAGGGUCACAUCCGAGUCAUCCGGGUUGCUUGAUGAAGUCAGGAGACCAGCACAAUCGAGUUUCCAUGGACGUAGUUAGACCAUCAUGGGAAGGGCAAACGAGUACACGAACGCGAACGUCAGCAAGAUCCAGCACUACUCUUCUGGUUGCGAUGAUAGACUUGAGAGCAGAGACCAGUCAAAUUUAUGAGAUACAAGGGCCGCAGUUGUGUGGUCGGUCUUUCCCACCCUUGCACACCACCGUCGCAACUUUGCCACGUUUUGGUUUGGCACUAGAGGGCAGUGGAUGCCGCUUGCCGUAAUCCAGUUGUAGGCUAAGUAGUUGUAUCGAUAGUCCGACAGUGUGUGGAAUUACUCAGAAGCGGAGUCUGCUUGUGCGAGGGUGGAAGGUACUUAGCUUCCUUGGAGGAUGCACACCGCCUGCCCAAGUGUCCUUUCUACCCCUUGCAGCCAGCAGCACUAGAGGGCAGUGGAUGCCGCUUGCCGUAAUCCAGUUGUAGGCUAAGUAGUAUCGAUAGUCUGACAGUGUGUGGAAUUACUCAGAAGCGGAGUCUGCUUGUGUGAGGGUGGAAGGUACUUAGCUUCCUUGGAGGAUGCACACCGCCUGCCCAAGUGUCCUUUCUACCCCUUGCAUCCAGCAGGUGCCCAUUGUCCACCCAAGUGUCCUUUUCCCCUGCCUUUCACCCAGUGUGUACCAGAGCGUAGGCCCUUAAAUCAUUGUUGUUGUUUCUUCUGUACCAUUCCGUUUGCCAAGGCCCUUGGAUCGUUGUUUUUUUUUUUUUUUUUUUUUUUUUCUGUACCAUUUAGUUUGUCACGGUAUAACUGCAGUGUCCUUCUUGGGAACGACCUUGACGAUUGACCAAUCGGGGACCACGUUGAAUAUGGAGUUAUUCAUAGAAGCUCGUUAUUUGAUGCUCAUUUUUUAUGAACAGGUUUUGCUCUCUCUCUUUUGCAUCACCUGACUCCAUUUGCCGUUUCGAUUUUGAAGAUUUCAGCCAUCGAUUUAAUGUAAUAUUAACACAAUGCCAAUGUACAGUCAACACAGCCUGCACAAGCAAGACAUACCUCCAGAGUCAAGAGAAGCCAUAAGCUCAUCACCACAAUUUUGGACUUUCAGCGGAUGCCAGAGGAUAGUCAGUUUGUUACUCGGAUUUUCCCCGCUUUGUCAAUUCCAUUUGGAUGAUGAUGGCAGUGCCACUGAGUUGCAAGCACAUCCGAUU